UUCAUGUGCACCGCAAUCGAUGCUUCAGUAGCACUACCAGUUGUUGCGGCGAUGGCCAGUGCUAUGGCAGUAGAACUCUCAGCUUACCCAGCGGAGUGCAGAGCUUAACAACGUUCUACCGUUGCCUGGACCCUGGGCAUGUUUUCUAUUGAUCCCAGCCAUGGCCAAGCCUUCUUCGUGGCGCCGCACCACUUCCCUGGCCAGAGCUCUCGCGGAGUCAUCUAGAAGCGAUCGGGUUUCAAGCGCGCAACCGUUGCCACAAUGCCUCAGCUCGUUGGUAGCGUAUUCGAAGGAUGCUGCUGCUGCUUGCACGUUGCAUCGUGACCAUGGAGACAAUGUCGUCGGGGGCUAUACCUGUGAACGUUGUUCAGCAGCGCCGGGUUUGAGGGACGGGUCCUUCUUUAGGGUUUUGGAAAGGUUUUCGGAUUCUUUAUCGGGUCGUUUGGGCACGAAUGGACCCCGGUGUGGUGUUAUAGAUUUGGAUUAUCGUCUAGUUGGUGUAGGUUUGGUUGGGAGAGGUAUCCCGAGCACAAUUCCGGGGGCUGAGUGUGGAACGCGUGCAUUUAGGUCAUCCGCGAUUUCUUCCGCAAAGGCGAAACUAGGCCCGUCAGGUUCUGUUCAAGGGCACAGAUAUAAGGGCAAGAAACCGCAUGACAAGGGUGAGCAAUCGAAAGCUGCCGUAACUCCAGUCCAGCAAGAGAAAGAGGAUGUUGUUGUCGAAAUUUUUGAUGGCAUGUCUGUUUCGGAACUAGCGGCUCGUGUGAGGCAGUCUGUGGACGCUGUCAAGACUGUAUUGACCGGAAUUGGGGAACCUGUUUCGCAAGCCGUGACUGCUGAUGCGGCGGAGCUCGUGGCAUCAGAGUAUGGGAUGAGUGUGAAGAAAGUACUGAAUCAGAAAGGGAGCGUUGGCGGAGAGUUUCCGCGAUCACCCGUGGUUACAGUUAUGGGGCAUGUGGAUCACGGGAAGACCACCUUAUUGGAUGCCCUCCGGCAGACAUCUCUGGCGGCGCGGGAGGCUGGAGGUAUUACGCAGCAUUUGGGAGCAUUUGUCGUGGCCAUGCCAUCGGGCUCUUCCCUUACGUUUCUUGACACUCCUGGUCAUGCUGCUUUCAGUUCUAUGCGUGCGCGCGGGACCGCUGUGACGGAUAUAGUCGUCUUGGUCGUGGCUGCCGAUGAUGGAGUCAUGCCGCAGACCCUCGAAGCUAUGUCUCUUGCCCAGGAAGCUGGUGUCCCUGUCGUCGUGGCUCUGACUAAAUGUGAUAGAGUUGAGGCAAACCCUGCCCGGGUCCGACAACAGCUAGCUUCUCAUGGUGUCGAGCUUGAGGAUAUUGGAGGUGAUGUUCAGGUGGUGGAAGUAUCUGCGAUUACGAAAUCGGGACUUGAGAAGUUGGAAGAGGCACUGCUGCUCCAAGCGGAGUUGAUGGAGCUUAAGGCUUCAUCCUCUGAUGAAGUGCACGCGGUUGUAGUGGAAGCGCGUGUUGAUCGUGGCCGCGGCCCUCUUGCCACGGUCGUUGUACGUUCGGGAAACCUUGUUCCUGGUGCAAUUGUUGUUAUAGGGACGCAGUGGGGACGAAUUCGUGUGCUGAAAGAUAUGCUUGGGCGAACAGUUACAUCUGCAGGGCCUUCGACACCUGUUGAGAUAGAUGGUUUGCGGGGUCUUCCAGAAGCUGGGGAUUACAUUCAGAUUGUAGCAAGCGAGGAGAGAGCGAGAAAAUUGAGUCAGGUUCGGCGGACGAGAUUAGAGGAGAAGCGCAUGUGGCAGCUGAAGCGACGAGUCGUUGCCGCCGAAGCUGCCGCUGCCGCUGUUGCAGAGGAUGGGGCGGAAGUUGUCGUUCCAGAGAGGCGAGAAAUGACCGUAAUUGUGAAAGCGGAUGUUCAGGGUACUGCCGAAGCAGUGAGCCAAUCUCUCACUCUCCUCAGUUGUCCUCAGGUUGACGUGAAUAUAGUGCACUCGGGGGUAGGACCGGUUUCUCAAUCUGACAUUGACCUUGCCGCGAGUACCAGAGCUCAUAUUGUUGGGUUCAAUGUGGGCUCUAUGGGAUCUGCAAUUGAGACAUCAGCUAGAUUAGCUAAAGUCAAGGUUUUGAAGCACCGUGUUAUCUACCAUCUGCUGGAGGAAGUAGGGGCCCUCAUUGUGGGCAUGGCCCCUGGUGUGAAAGAGGAUCAAGUAGCAGGUCAGGCUGAGGUUCUCAGCGUGUUCGAGCUGAAGGGCAAAGGACGCACUGGAAAGGGGGCAACAAGAAUUGCUGGAUGCCGAGUGUUAGAUGGACGCUUAGAAAGGGCAGCCCGGAUCCGAGUGUUGCGCAGUGGGGAGGUUCUGUUUGAAGGUCUCAUGCAAUCGCUCAAAAGAGAGCAGCAGGAUGUGGAAACGGUGGCGAAAGGAGUGGAGUGUGGUAUGAUAGUGGAAGAAUGGGUCAAUUUUCAGGUUGGCGACGUGGUUCAGUGUAUCACCGACUUCCGACGGAUGCCCAAGUUUGUGUCGUCCCAGAAUGGAGCUGCUCGCAUUGAAUGUUAACCCUUUCACGAGUGUUGGGAAUGCAUGGCCCUCUUCUCUUGUAUUUCUGGAUUGAAUUGUUACAGAGUUGGUUCUGGCCUUAACAGAUGAGGUUCAGGUAUCUGCUCCAAAUUUCACGCUAGCUGUGAGCUAGAUGGUAUAUUAACACUUAUUAAACAAUGAAGUCCUUAGACAUAGGGAUGAAACCAAUAUUUUUAGGAGGCUGCCACUUCAGCACCUUCUCAAAUUUUGCACUAGAAUUUACAGAUAUCAUGUGACGCUUGACGCUUGUGAGCAGAGUGGCAAGUGUGCUACGCACAUUGUAGUAUAAUGCUGAUAGGAAAGUUCAAUCUUUAUGUUCUUACAGUGCGCUAGACGCUAUGCCUUUUGAUCCGUGCUGAAUGAGAAUUGCCUGUAAGAUGCUGGCAACACGAACACUUGUCAUUUUGUUUGCAACAGGAGCUUCUUCAGUUAAAAGUUGGCACUACGUUUUGUUGGCGAACUGUCCAAUUUUGGUAA